UGGUGGUGGUGGUUCAGAGCCCGCCACAUUCACUCUGCCUUGAGCUACCGAUUGGAACCUUCGCCGCGCUAGUUCUCGGCACCAACCACCGCGCCACGCCUCGCCACGCCUACAGUCACGCUAGCCACUCACGAACAUGAGCGAGAGGGGACUGAGGGCUUGGCUGGCGAGGGAACGAGGAGCCUGUGCCGUCCGUUAAGUGAGGGGAGGAGGACGAGGAUGGGGACACGGUGGGCGCGAGAUGGUGACGCCCUUGGUGGUGUAAAGAAAGAUGUGUUGACUCGGGCGCGGUACAGAACCAUUAGUGUUUUGUGGUGUUGAUGUGUUACUGGUGCUGCGGUGAGCUUGUGCGGUGCUGUUACUGUGUCUCUGAGGUGCUGCUCUCCUCCUGAAGGUGCUAAACAAGUGCUAUCGUCUUCGUAAAGUGCUGACAUCAAUGUGCUAAGUGACUGAGGUGCUAAUGUUCUUCUAUGAUGCCCAAUAAGAUGCUACUCAGCCUCAAUGAAGUGCUGAGGUGCUGAUCUCUAGUGCUGCUGUCCUGAGGUGCUGCUGUCUCCCUCACGUGCAUAUCAGACACCUGAGUAACUCGUGACAAACUACGUGACAAGUUCGUGAGUGUGAUGGAGAGUGGCUGGUCUUGAGUGUCACGGAGAAGAAUCAGAGAGGAAGUGGUUUGGUGAAGUGAGUGAGUGAGAUUAAAGUGAGUGGAAGAUGACAUGAAGAGAAACUGCAGUGAUUGGAGUGCAAAUAUAUACAAGAGAAGGUACAAGACGCCAUUCCUACUCGUGGCAGUCAAAUUGUCAGGUUCAGAACGAGAACGAUUGCUAAAAGACACGAAAGUUAGAGGAAAAAUAAGCAAAACUGUGAUACAUUUAUUUUUCGUCUCCGUGUGUCUGAUUGUGGAGGGAAAAGCGAAGAGACCGCGCAGGUGAAGCUGAGACAAAUGGAACAGUGAAUGAAACAGUGAAGGAAGUGAACGAAGCUUUGAGUGACAGAAGAGACACAGAAAUACGAUAUAAACUGAUAUUUUUCGUGUUCCAUUUCUUAGAGAGAGAGAGAGAGAGAGAGAGAGAGAGAGAGUGUGUGUGUGUGUGUGUGUGUGUGUGUGUGUGUGUGUGUGUGUUGUAACUAUACCAAGAAGAGAUUUCCUUGGAGGAGCUGAAAGAACCGUGUGUGUGUGUGUGUGUGUGUGUGUGUGUGUGUGUGUGUGUCAGAGGGUAACAUAAACACCAGAACAGCCACCAAACAAAGUCACUGAAAACGACCAUGAGGUAGACAAAUAGAUGUAAACAAACUACCACCACCACCACCACCACCACCACCACCACCACCAGCCAUACAAACUCAAGCUAUGGCCCGGUCCUCCCUCCUUCUGUGCCUCCUGCUGCUGUGUUUGUCCCUGUGUCACCUCGCCCAUGCCCUGUGGUGGUCACUCGGUCACCGCCCUGUCAUGGACCACUCAAGGAUCUGCCGCAAGAGGAGUCGCCGUCUUGCCAAGGAUCCGCAGAGUGUGAUAUGCCGCCAGGAGCCCCCCGUGUUUCCCUUUAUCCUCGAGGGGUCCCACAAGGCGCUGAGGGAGUGCCAGUCGCAGUUUAGUACACAUCGAUGGAACUGUUCUGACAAUAGACGGUCAAUGAAAAGGGUGCUCAGUAGAGACACCCCGGAGACUGCCUUCCUGAACGCCGUGGUGUCUGCCGGUGUGACUCACGAGAUUACCGCGGCGUGCUCCAGGGGCGACCUCCUUCAGUGUUCAUGCAGCAGAAACUCCCUCGGCGCAACUCAGCUUGGGCCGAGUAGGCGGGAGAAACCGAGGAAGGAGAGACUCAACAGAAUCGAGAACAGGAACCGAAAUAGGGAAAGAUACGAGGGAAGGAAGAAGAAGAGAGGAAGAAGAAGAAAAAACACACGUUAUAGCGAGGAGAGAUGGAAUGAGAGGGAGAACUGGAGGGAAGAAACACACCAAACACAUCAAACACACCCAAGAACACACCAAAACACACCUCACACGCACCAAACAUACAGGCACACUUUUCCAGCGGUUUUCGAGGGUGUGGGAGGAGAGGGCGUGUCCGGAGUGCCUGAGGGGGAGUGGCACUGGAGUGGGUGUGAUGACAAUGUGGGUUUUGGUUACCGUAUAGCAAGAGACUUCAUGGAUUGGCGCUACUUGCAGGGGCGGGAGAGUCAAGACAUCAGAAGUAUUGUCCUACUGUGGAAUAAUGAAGCUGGUAGGAGGGCCGUCAGGAACAACUUGGUGGCGCAUUGCAAGUGUCACGGCCUCUCCGGAUCCUGCACCCAUAGGACCUGCUGGCGAAGGAUCCCUAACUUCAGAAACGUGGGGCGUCACCUCAAGGACAAGUUCAACGCAGCCACUAAGGUGAUGGGGAGCAAUGACGGCCGUACUGUUUUCCCCACGGCCUCCAAUGUGAGAACCCCCAAGAAACAGGAUCUCGUUUACCUGGAGGACUCGCCUAACUUCUGCAGUCCCAACAAGAGGACAGGCUCACUGGGCACCAAGGGACGAGUCUGCAACACGAGCACUUAUGACCUGUCUGGCUGUGAGCUCCUGUGCUGCGGCCGAGGAUUCACGCAGGAGGAGAGAUGGGUGGAGGAAAACUGCAGGUGUCGCUUCAGUUACUGCUGUGAGGUGACUUGUGAAACUUGCCGAGUGAAGCGAGUGACGGCACGCUGCAGAUAAUACAAGACAGUGGCGGUGAUAAGAGAUGACAAGAGGGAGAUAAGGACGAUAAGGAGUCAUGGAGCGGAAGGAAAGGAGACAAGACAUAGGUAAAGGAAAAAAAAAGGAGGGAAGGAAGAAGAGGAAAGGAUGUAGAAGGAAAAGAGACAAGAUAAAGGUGAAGAAAGGAAGGAAAGAAGGAAAAAAGAAGGAAGGAUGAAGGAUGUAGGAUGUAGGAUAUCAAAACUAUAAUAAAAGAUACACGAGAGGAAAGGAAAUAAGGAGCAAUAGAGAGGAAGGAAAAGGAGACAAAAAAUAAGGAUAAAGGAAGGAAGGAAGGAAGGAACGAAGGAUAGAAGGGGACGUAGGAUGUAGAGAAUGUGACAACGAUAAGAAAC